UAUUCGAAUCCCCGAGGUAUAUUGUCUGAAGCGCAAAGCAAAUAUAUUCAGACACGCUUUAGGCAUUUGUUUUCCUGCAAAGAGAAUGUGGAACUCACUCUCCUUUCGCAUUCCCUAAGCCUGCACACCACGCCCGUUGUGCUCGCCGCUUCGCCGGAACCUUUCAGACAGGCAGGUCCUGGCCACCCCGAGGGGGGGUCCUCAUUUUGAAAACAGGAGCGGGCCAAUCAGAUGCGGAGCGCUGUUUGGCGCUGGCGUUCAAGCUGGGCUGGGGCUGCCGAGGUGCGGUCGCCGCGGUGCUGAUGUGUGCCGGGAAGGUGGGGCGGAGGCAUGAACCGAGCCACUGAGCGUUAGCGGGCGGGGGGCCGCAGGCAGGCUGAUGGGCUAAGGGAGAGGCAGCGUGUGAGACGGGGUGACGGCAGGGACCAGCCCGGGCGGGGACCGGGACUGGAGCGGGGGGAUCCCCGAGCAGCCGGCUGGCCCGGCUGGAGGGACGGGGUUAAGGUUGCGGUUCCAUCUCAAAGAUCUGAGCAGUCAAGGCCAUCCUGCGUGGAAGAGGACAGGUGGAAGUGUCCGGAAGCGUGAGCAACCAGCAGCAGGCGUGGGUCCCAGGAAACGGAAGAGUGAAGGAAAAAGGGAGGUGUGUGUAAGUAGCUGACAGGGCCGAGUGACCCGGAAAGAAGGUCGGUGGAAGUGAAACGAGUGAAGUGUGGCCGGAGAGAAGAAGGUCUGUGGAAGUGGAUAGAGAAUCGAAGGAAAGCGGUGGAAGUGGCCGGGGCCUGGGGCCGAAAGGCAGCGGAGCCGAGCUCAAGCCUGAAGGUGUUUGGAAAUUGGAAGACUUGGUGGCAAACGAAAGUCAGGACCCGGAGUCGGCCUCGGCGAGUGGGAGACGUGUUCGGGAUGUGGGAUCAGAGGUUGGUCAGAUUGGCCCUGCUGCAGCAGCUUCGGGCUGUCUAUGGCAUUAAAGUCAAGGGUGGCCGCGGGCAGUGUGAUCGCAGGAGACACGAAACUGCAGCUACGGAAAUAAGGGGUAAGAUAUUUGGAGUUCCUUUUAAUUCAUUGCCUCAUUCAGUUGUUCCAGAAUAUGGACAUAUUCCAAGCUUUCUUGUUGAUGCAUGCACAUCUUUGGAAGAGCAUAUUCAUACAGAAGGGCUUUUUAGGAAGUCAGGAUCUGUUAUCCGUCUCAAGGCACUAAAGAGUAAGCUGGACCAUGGUGAAGCCUGCCUGUCUUCUGCACUUCCCUGUGAUGUUGCAGGUCUACUUAAGCAGUUCUUCCGGGAACUGCCAGAGCCUGUGCUCCCGGCUGAUCUGCAUGAAGCUCUGUUCAAAGCACAACAGUUAGGGGCAGAGGAGAAGAAUCAAGCUACAUUGUUGCUGUCCUGUCUGGUGGCCAAUCCUACAGCUGAUAUAUUAAGAUACUUCUUUAACUUUCUCAAGAAUGUUUCUCUUAGGGCGAGUGAGAAUAAAAUGGACAGCAGCAAUCUUGCAGUAAUAUUUGCACCGAAUCUUCUUCAGACAAGUGAAGGCCAUGAGAAGAUGUCUGCUAACACAGAGAAAAAGCUACGAUUGCAGGCAGCAGUAGUACAGACUCUUAUUGAUUGUGCAUCGGAUAUUGGACGUGUGCCAGAUUUUAUUCUGGAAAAGAUACCAGCCAUGUUAGGUAUUGAUGGUCUCUGUACUACUCCAUCCCUGGAAGGCUUUGAAGAAGGAGAAUAUGAAACUCCUGGUGAAUGUAAGAGAAAAAGAAGACAAAGUGUUGGAGAUUUUGUUAAUGGAGCACUAAAUAGACUUAAAUCUAGCAGAACACCCUCUGUUACACCUCAACAAGAUAGAACUGCCCAGGCCUCUGGAUCACCAUUGAUUCUCACACCAAGUGUUAAGCGAAAACUGCCAGGAGAGUCUUCUCAUGCCUUCUCAAGUAAGAAAAGGAAGUCCAUUAAACACAACUUGAACUUUGAGCUGUUGCCAAGUCAUCUCUUCAGCAGCAAUUCUACACCAGUAUCAGUUCACUUUGAUACGAGCCCAGAUGGGUCAUCGCAGAGUUCACUCUCUCCCAUCGCCAUGAGUGGAAACCACUUGAUCAGUACAGACCUAAGGCGAAGUAAAAGAAUUGCGAGCAAAAAAGUUUACAGGGUAGAGUCAGGAAAAGCAGGCUGUUUCUCUCCUAAAGUCAGUCGUAAAGAAAAGGUCCGAAGAUCUCUUCGCCUGAAAUUUAGCCUGGGAAAAAACAGAGACUCGAAUGGAUGUUCUGUCAUCAAUAGAUAUGAAAAUGUUGGUCGACGGCUAGCGAAUCAACAGAAUCUAAAAAAUAGGAUUGAAUCUGUAAAAACAGGCCUGCUUUUUAGCCCAGAUAUUGAUGAAAGAUUGCUAAAGAAAGAUGCAGAAAAGAUGAGGAAAUCUGAGGAACACUUACUAACUCCAGAUGGACUGGAUGGAGCAGGUUCCAGGAUGUCUUGGACAGAACCCAGCAAUUCAAGUUUUCAAGACAUGGGUGCAAGCGGAGCUUCUCCAGUAAUGAGCAAUCUUGAGGUGAAGAGCUUUUCUUUGGAGCCCGACAAUACUGUUGACAACUCACCACUUGUGUCCUGUGAACUCAGACCUUCCACCUUGCACAGUCAACCUGACAGCAGUGUGCUGGGGAGUUCCCUUAGUGGAGAUGAAAGUAACCUGACCUCCGAGACCUUGCUAAAGAUUCAGAAAGCGUUUUCCGAGGCUGGGAGUGAUCUUCAUACACUGAUACAUCGUGGGCAGUCCUCAGUCACAGACACAGGGGAAGAAAGUGAAGCCAGCGAUGUGACUGUGAGAGAACCAAAGGGAGAUGAUGGGGACUGCUUUGGGGAAGAUGGGGACUGUGUUCCAGAAAGAGAUUCCUCAUCGUGUCCAAGUCCAACAUUGGGCAGAGAAGCAAGCGUAGAAUCUUACUCAACUCAGAUGAAGGGGGGACAUAAAGAAGACAUCCAGUCAGAAGUGCCAAAAGCUGACUUGAUCCUGCAAGAAUUCCCCAGUCAGGAGCAAACGAAGGGACCACAAUCCCCAAGGAACCAACUAAAUGCUCAGCCAGCGGGGAAUGAGGCCGUGGUGGAGCAGAACUCCAUGGCGUGUGAAGCCGCUGGGGAAGCUGAGGCUCACUCUUCUUUAGAGCAGAGUGCAUGCAGUGUGCUAGUCCCUUCAAAACCUCAGCCCCAGAGACUGGCUAAGCAGCGGUCACCGGUGGGAAAAUGCGAUAAUGCGGUUCCUGGAGGUUUACAGAUGACGGAGCAUGGCAAGGUUUCUGAUCACAUACAGUGGUUUAAUAAACUUUCUCUAAAUGAAGCAAACAGAACAAAAGUGAAGUCACCUCUGAAAUUUCAGCGUACUCCUGUCCGUCAGUCUGUCAGAAGAAUUAAUUCUUUGUUGGAGUAUGGCAGGCAGCCUGUGAGGCAGAAGUUGGCAUUCUUUGGUGAUGCAGCUUCUCCUCUGGUAAAAUCAGUGAGCUGUGAUGGUGCUCUUCCCUCAUGUGUAGAAAGUACAUCGAAAGAUUCCUCUGUUUCAUGUGCUAAAUUAGGUCCCGAAGCACAGAAGUCUACGUCAUGUGAUAAGUCAAAUGAUGCAGUUUCAAAAUCAAGCGUUGAAUUAACUUCUAAAUCUUUCUCAAAAGUUAAGAGACAUCCAGAUCCUGUGCAUGCUUCUCUUGGAACUACUAGACUUUGUAAACAGGAGAGCAAAUCUGAUGGCCAAAUUAAGUUUCCCUUGGAUGAUCUCACUAAUCAUGAUAGAUUAAAAUUUGCUGUAAAUAAUAAUACAGCCUUUCCUCCCGGAAUAAAAAACAGAGUUCUUAGGAAACCAUCAGAAAAAGAAAGGGUCUGGUACAAGGGUUCUCCCAAAAAUCCUAUUGGAAAGACUCAACUCCUACCAACGAGUAAGCCUGUAGACUUGUAAAUGACAAAUGUCUUACUUGGCAUCAGUGUUUAUAAAGUUAGCAGUUGGUGGGAUGGUUUGCAGGGUAAUUGUGUGCUAGUGUGUAGUUAAGGAUGCUUGUUAAGCAGCUUUUCUCUGAAGCAGUCUCACUGCUGGCUGGAAGAAUUUGGAUUUUCAUACUUGCACAUAGAGCUGUUUUGUUUUUCUUUAUUACUGAAGCAUUUAAACUUCAUUGUGAUUUCUUGAAGCAAAGGUUAUAAUUAACUUUUAAAAAAACCUGUUGGCUAGAUUUAUUUAAAAGAGGGACAGGUUUUUGGUUUGCAUGCCUGAUAGGAAGUUGUGCUUGGUUUUGGUCAUUUCUCCAAGUCCAUUACAAAUCUACCACAUUAAGGGAAUGGUUUGCCCUGCCAAUCUUAUGUCUUGAGUUAUAUUCGUGUCUGUUGUCUUGACCUAACUCCUCAGAAGUCUGCUAGUACUUAUUCCUGUUUGGGGCAGAGGAAAAUUUUUAAUCAAGGUUUUUUUUCCUAUGAAGGUGGUUGAUUUUAGAAUUUGAAUUGCUAAUGUACCUCUGUACAUUUUACUUAGAUAAAUAUCUGAUAGUCUUAUCCUCUGUUUAAAUCUUAUUUAUUUAGCGUACACAUUAAAAAUAACUUCUGGAAAA